AUGUUUACUACCGGAGGGACCAGACUCAAAGUUAAGGCCGAUGAUAUAAAGAAUAAGGCCGUAACACUUAGCUCAACUGCCACAAGUCAAUCUACCACUGAAAUCACCAACACAAAGGGGACUGAUAUCCAAGGCGAUACUGCUCCUCAAGGACUCCAGACCAAAGCCACACAACUACAGACGAAGGCCUCAUCACUUUACAAUGCAGCCGAUGGAAUAGUUCAGGCUGCUAGGGAUUCUGGUAGUCCACUUACUACACUUCAAGGACCAGCCGGUGAUCUUAAGAAUGCAGCCAAGAAAGCUCCUCCUGAUACCGAUAGUCUAUAUUAUCAUGCAGGACAACUAGCCAAUCAUACUCCUGGUAGUGGUGAUCUUGAACCUAAGGCCACUAAGGUAAUAACAGCAUUUGACAAAGUCCAAGGCCAUUAUGAAGCACUAAUGAAAAAAGCUAGCGAUGAGCAAAAGAAGAAUCCUCUGGUCACCGCUGUCAAAACCAAAUUUGAAGAACUGAAGUCUGAGUACGAUGGGAUGCUCAACUUUACCAAACUCAAGAAGAAGGCCGGAGAACUUAAAGACACUGCUGGGAAUCAGACUGGCACUGAACUUACUGGUAAACUCCAGACUCCAGCCACAGAACUAGCCACUAGGGCCCAAAACCUUUCCGAUGCAGCCGGUGCAGUAACUGAUAAUACACUUAAAGCUCAAGCCACCGCUCUUAAGGAUGCAGCCAAAGGUCCUGAACCUGAUACCUCCAGUCUAAAUGCUAAGGCAUCCGCACUACAAAGUACUCCUAAUCAAUAUGACAAGGCCAAACCGGUCAUAAUAGCAUUCGACACUGUCAAGCAACAGUUUGAUGAACUGAUCAAACUGGCCAUUGAACAUGGUAAACUAUCACUUGUCCAGAAUGUAGAAUCAGCCUUUAAAGAACUCAAGACCCACUAUGAUACAAUGAUGCCAUUCACCAAGAUCAAGUAUUACUCCGAUCAGAUAUCAAUCCAAGCAGGAAAUCUACGUGAAUCUGGUGGUGCCACUGAGGCCGACAAGAUAGUUAGAUACUUUGAAUUUAUGAACCAAGCAUACUACAAACUAACUGAUAAGGAGGAACAGACUAAGGUUAAGAAUGAGUUUGAGCCUCUCAAGUCCGUCUAUGACCAGAUAUUAAACGUCACCAAGAUGAAAAAAUACGCCGAUGAGGUGUACAUUAAGGCGCCACAAAUCGAUAUUGGUACUGCUACUCCUUCUGAAGUGAAAACCCUAAUCGAUACAAUUGAAAAAAUCUAUGAUGGUGCUGAUCAAACUGCUCAAGAUAAUGUCAAAUCUCAUUGGGAGGCUCUCAAAGGUGUCAUCAAUGGUGAAAUGAAACAUUGGAAAUUCAUUUGGAUCAUUCCUCCUUCCAUAGUUACUCAGUGGUUAAAUUUCCUCAUAUAUGUAAUACUAUUAGUUGUAUAUCACUAG